AUGAGUCGCCAGUUGGCCCUGUACCCCGGUGCAGAACGCUUGGGCUUCAGCGGCUGCUCGGCCAUCAUCUCGGGCCGGUUCAGCCGGGGCCCGGCCUCCUUCCGGGCCGGGGCCAAGGGCGCUUUGGCCUUCAGCAGCAGGAGCCUGUUCUGCGCCGGGGGCGGCCGGCGCCUGGCGCUCAGCGCGGCCUCGGGGCGCAGCGGAGGCUUGGCGCAGGGCCUCGGGGGCGCGGGCGGCGGGCGGCCCGGAGGCUUCGUGGGCACGGUCUUCGGCAGCGCGGGGCUGGGGCCCACGUAUCCGUCGGUGUGCCCGCCGGGCGGCAUCCCUCAGGUCACCGUCAACAAGAGCCUGCUGGCCCCGCUCAACGUGGAGGUGGACCCCGAGAUCCAGAAGGUGCGCGCCCAGGAGCGGGAGCAGAUCAAGGCUCUGAACAACAAGUUCGCCUCCUUCAUCGACAAGGUGCGCUUCCUGGAGCAGCAGAACCAGGUGCUGGAAACCAAGUGGGAGCUGCUGCAGCAGCUGGACCUGAACAAUGGUAGGAACAACCUGGAGCCCGUUUAUGAGGGCCACAUCAGCAACAUGCGGAAGCAGCUGGAAAUUCUGUCCGGGGACCGGGUGAGGCUGGACUCGGAGCUGAGGACCAUGCGGGAAGUGGUGGAGGACUGCAAGAAGAGGUACGAGGUGGAGAUUAAUAGACGUACGGCUGCUGAGAACGAGUUUGUGGUGCUGAAGAAGGAUGUGGACGCUGCCUACAUGAACAAAGUUGAGCUCCAGACCAAGGUGGAUUCACUGACAGAUGAAAUCAAAUUCUUCAAGAGCCUCUAUGAAGGGGAGAUCGCUCAGAUGCAGUCUCAUAUCAGUGAUACAUCCGUUAUCCUGUCCAUGGAUAACACACGGCAGCUGGACCUGGACAGCAUCCUCACUGAGGUUCGAGCCCAGUAUGAGGAGGUGGCCGUGAAGAGCAAGGCCGAGGCGGAGGACCUGUACCAGGGCAAGAUCCAGGAACUGCAGAUCGCAGCAGGCCAGCACGGGGAUGACCUCAAACUCACCAAGGCUGAGAUCACGGAGCUCAACAGGCUGAUCCAGAGGAUCCACUCAGAGAUAGGGAACGUGAAGAAACAGUGCUCCAACCUGGAGACAGCCAUUGCCGAUGCGGAGCAGCGAGGUGACUGUGCCCUCAAGGAUGCUCGAGCCAAGCUGGACCAGCUGGAGGGUGCCCUGCAGCAGGCCAAGGAGGAGCUGGCCCGGAUGCUGCGUGACCACCAGGAGCUGAUGAACGUCAAGCUGGCCCUGGAUGUGGAGAUCGCCACCUACCGCAAGCUGCUGGAGGGCGAGGAGAGCCGGAUGUCUGGUGACUACCCGAAUUCUGUGAGCAUCUCUGUCAUUAGCAGCACCAACGCGGGACCAGGAGGGCCUGGCUUCAGCGUGGGCUUUGGAGCCUCAGGCAGUUACAGCUACAGGCCUCUGGCCCUGGAGGUCAAGACCAAAGGCAGCUGUGGCAGUGACCCGCUCAAAGAACCCCAUGCCAAAGCUUCGGGCAGCAGCACUGCCACCAAAAAGGCCUCCAGAUGA